AUGGAGAGGACCUUCCAGAACGUAAAGCAGCCAUACCGAUGCCGACAUACCGCCAGUUUAGUGACUCCAGGAUUGCAGCAAGCCUGCCACCCUUAUUCACCCUCCCUCGUCCCUGAUCAGCAGCCACUUUGCCACCACUGCUUCUGCCGCGGUGACUUCCACCAUCGCACCAAGACCCAAAUCGGCAUGGAUAUGCGGCAACGACCACAUCAUCCCAUCGCCACCAGGGCCCAGCACGGUCGUGCGUGGGAGGCUGCAGCUGCACCGGCUCGCCACCCAACACUGUAUCAAGGCUGCUAUUCCAACCGCCACCGUUGGUGCUGGGGCCCAAUGCGGCACCAGCCAUGUUUACAACGGGCUCACAAUGUGGGCAAUGCCAGUCCCCAGAAGGAAUGCUGGGUCCAGGUCAUCGGCGCCACCGAGUUUUUUCAACUCUGA